AUAGGCGUAUUCUGCCAUAACACUUUAAAGAAGAAGAAGAAAAGAGCUGAGGGAAGCAGUGUAGUGGUAGAUGAAGUGCAGAAUAUUACAAAACCGACCGCAACACGUCAAUUCUCUGCGCGUGUCAUCCACGGCAAUGGCCACUAUGGACAGCGAUGAUGAUAUGGAAGAAGUCGUUGAAGGCCCUCUGGAUGAGGAUGACCAGCCUCACGGGUUCUGUACAGUCACCUUCUCCUCCAGUGAUCGCUUUGAAGGACAUUUUACACAUGGAGAAAAGAAUGGGAAGGGCAAGUUCUUCUUUUUCGAUGGCAGCACCUUGGAGGGGUUCUAUGUGGACGAUGCGUUACAGGGUCAGGGGGUAUACUCGUACGAGGAUGGAGGGGUCCUCCGUGGGACCUAUAUGGAUGGGGACCUCAACGGUCCUGCACAGGAGUUUGACUCUGAGGGCCGGCUGAUGUUUGAAGGCCAGUACAAAGACAACAGCCGCUGUGGGGAGUGUUGGAUCUACUACCCUGACCGUGGCAGUGUAUUUGGGCAGGUGAACGAGGAUGGCGAGAUGACCGGUAAAGCGGUGGCGUAUGUUUACCCUGAUGGCCAAACGGCUCUCUACGGGAGCUUCGUAGAAGGGGAGCUGAUUGAGGCUCGACUCGCCACCCUGGUUUCCAUGGAGACCGACAGACCACACUUUGACGUUUCAUCUGACAGCCCUGUGUACUCCUAUGAUAAAUCCACUUCCACCUGUAUCGCUACCCACACUCUUCUUCCAGACCCCUAUGAAAGCAAAAGGGUAUUUGUGGCAGACUCACUGAUCUCAGGAGCAGGAGAAGGCUUGUUUGCCAAGAUGGAUGUUGAGGCCAAUGUUGUAAUGGCCUUUUACAACGGAGUACGCAUCACACACUCAGAGGUAGACACUAGGGAUUGGUCCCUGAACGGGAAUACCAUCUCCCUGGAUGAGGACACGGUGAUCGACGUUCCCCAGCCCUUCCACCAGAUGGACAGAUACUGUGCCUCGCUGGGACACAAGGCCAACCACUCCUUCACCCCAAACUGCAAAUACGACCCAUUCGUCCACCCUCGUUUUGGACCCAUCAAGUGCGUCCGCACCCUGCGGGCGGUGCAGAGGGUUGAGGAGCUGACUGUUGCCUAUGGUUACGACCACGAGCCAUCGGGGAAGAGCGGUCCGGAAGCACCAGACUGGUACAAACAGGAACUGCAGGCCUUCCAGCAAAGACAGGCUACCAACGGGCAGUAAAAAGAACGCACUACUACUCCACUCAAUCUACCCAAACAACUACUACAAUUAAGCAUCUACUACUCCAGUCGUAUAACUGCUACCCACCUCCCUGCCCUUUGCACAGGAGCAAUAAGUCCCAAAAUGUAAAAAAUUAAAUAAAUUCAAAAUACUGACCCAGUUGGGGGAACUUUCCGACCUGAACUAAUGUUACCCUUACACCCAAACAGUGCUCUCAAUGAAGCCCUGCUUCAACCUCCACCUACUCAUUAAUAACUGCCCUCCACUAGACUGAACCCCUCUUGCCUGAGCCCCCAGUCUUGCUACGGCUGCUCCUUGAGGACAAAUGGCACAGACUCUUUCCAAACAUUGAAGGAUUGUUCCAGAGCUUGGCAUCACAGGUGGAAGGUGUGAUAUGUCGCUUUGUACGGUAUAGGAAUGGGACACUGCUGUAUGUGGGUGAGGAUGUUAUGGUGCUAUGGAGAUCAGCACAAACCCGGCCACACUUAAACACAGGAACCUAUAAUUCACGUCAAGAGACCAAUCAGAUGUAAUGUACAAGGUUUACUGCUGUAUUUGCUGAUUUGUGAGUCUUGUUCUCCCAAGCCUGUCUUUUAUACAACCUAUGGACAUGAACUGUGUGGCGUGUCCUUGAUAUUAGUUUGGUAAUUGUGAUGAAGUUAGACCCCUAUUCCUUUUACUCUGCUGUGACAGGGUGUGUACUGGCUGUUUAAAUCUUGUUCCUGUGUGAAUCUGAAUAGGUUUCAAGACAUUGGCGUAGCCAAAUAAUUUCCCCAACAUCACCUGAGUAUAGUAUAAAUCAGGAUCUAAAUGGACUCUUGUGCCACAUGGUUGGCCUUCUAACCUUUUUUUUGACAUGCAUUAAAUACUAACCAAUGAUGUCUAUAGUUCAUUAGUUACAUUUAUUUAUCAACACUUUUCUCGCCUUUUGGUUUGUGUUAUUGUCAACUCUGCACAUGAUUCAGACCAAUAAGUGAGCUCAACUUUGGAGACUGCUUCUCUUUUGGAUAAAAAGGUAAACUGUGAUGGAUAUAGCAACGGUAAACUCGUAAGUAGCCCAGACUAAACACAAAUAAAGACAUGAACUACCA